UAACGCAUUUCUCACGGCCUCUGAAUACCAACGAAUUGUGUUUACGACAAUAUUAGUAUUUAUUUAAUCAAUCAAUGGACGAUUUGGUUGAUUCGGGCCGACAGUUGAAACAAUGAACAAUUGAAAAUUGACACUAAUUCAGCGGUUUUGUUGGUAAAUUAUUGACAAGUGCUUGUUAACAAUCUGUUGAGGAGUUUGAUGAUGGCACAGACUUGCAAUCAGAAGCGCAAUGCUUACAGCAUUGAACAGAUACUCGGCCAUUCGACGAAAAAUGAAGAUCACUCAAGACCAUCGCAGACAGUUGGUCACCUCUCGGCCGAUGAUGAGGAGCUACUUGCGAGUGGUCAGGGAUAUAAUUCAGUGAUGCCAGUAAAAAUAGAGGACAUGGAUAGACCGAAGAAGGUCAGAAGAUCGAGAACAACAUUUACAACUUAUCAGUUGAAUGAGUUGGAGAAGGCGUUUGAGAAAACUCAGUAUCCCGAUGUCAAUUAUAGGGAAUCACUGGCAUCUAAUUUGGAAUUGUCCGAGGCUCGAGUGCAGGUGUGGUUUCAAAAUCGUCGUGCAAAAUGGCGAAAGAAGGAGAAAACCCUGGGACGUGAUCCAACUUACAUGCACGUUGGACAAGGAGACGUCAAUGAAUUAUCUCUUCACGCCCAUUUUCUCCAAUCAGCUGGCCUCCCAGGGGCAAAUCCAUCGGGUCCCCCCAAUAGUUUUCUCUGGCCAGCCCUGAUGCCUCCGAUGUUCACAGCCCCGUGGCUCUCAAGCGCCCUGAAGAUGCCCCAACUCCACGCAAUAUUGUCACAAUACAACGGACUGGGUCCCCAGAACCUCGCCUCCCUCAUCCCACCGGGAUUUCCAUCAAAUCUCCUGGCCCAGUCGCAAAUUCAGCAUCCACAGCAUGGACGGGGCCCUCAGCAUCCGCUUCUCCUUGACAUUCAGAAUAUCCCGCAGAAUCUGAGUUCCAAGCAUCAACCUGAGCGCGACGAUGACUCGGCCUCCUCAGACGAUGAGAUGAGGAGACAGGUGCAGAGCGCUCAUGGACUCAGGGCCAAGGCUGAAGAAGUCAUUCGCAAGUCUGGUAACUAGGGAUGAACUGUUUGACAGGAUGCCAUUUACACUAACGGCCAUUGCCGCGGGAAAUUUUAAGGAUUGCAGGGGUUUUCCGCAGAUUUUGUUUCUUUUGUUGGUCAUUUUAUUGAAUUUGUUUUUAAAUCGGCGAGAAUUGUGGCGGGUUUUUCAGGUGGACUUCAUUUUUGGAGUUGUGUGGGGAAAUUGUUACUAUUUCAUGGAAAAAAUUUCGCAAAAUUUAUGAUUUUUUCAUUUUUUAAAAAUUUUUUUUCCAUGAAUUAAUAACGAAUGACUUAAUUUCGAAAAAUAUUUUUUUGCUAUAAAAUUGAG